AUGUAUCGCUUCUGCGUGUUUUGCCUUGAAAGUCAUGUGCUCGAAUGGCCCAACACCACCGGGGCCAUGUCGUCAAGAGCCCAACUGGCAUGUGACCAGUGCUCGAACCCUCGCGCUAAAUACCACCUCCAUUGUUGGCCCUCGAACUUACGCGGAAAUGCUUUCUUGUCUUUGUUUCUGUUUGGGUUAAUCGCUUUUCGCUACACAAUUCACAUCAACACCAACCCAAAGUUGGCUUCUCGUUGCCAGGCAGCUCGACGAGACGGUGGAACAGUCGUGCCGGUGGGUGGUGUUGAGGUUGGCUGCUGCUCGACGGGGCGGCAAUUUCGCAGGAUUACGCUAAAGCCGGAGAUGCCUUAUCAGACAAUCGUGUCGACACUUUUUGUGGCCACAUUCUACGAGGGUUCGAAGCCGGCAACACGAUUUGUUGACUUGAAUCAAACUGGCCGGCCACGUGUUUGA